AUGUCAACAAACGGGAGGUAUUUCAUGGAGAGACGAGAUGCCCCAAGUUCCAAUAAUAGUUUGCAAAUUUUUGACGUCUGGGGAAUGGAUUUUAUGGGACCGUUCCCAUCUUCUCAUGGUAACACUUACAUCUUGGUCGCGGUGGACUAUGUGUCCAAAUGGAUAGAGGCAAAGGAUACACCCACCUGUGAAUCGAAAGAAGUAGCUAAGUUCCUGAAGGCGAACUUUUUCAACAGGUAUGGGGUGCCUAGAGCUAUAGUCUCAGACCAGGGAACACACUUCUGUAACCGCACCAUAGAGGCAUUGUUGAGGAAAUACGGUGUACACUAUCAGUUAUCUACCCCAUAUCAUCCUCAGUCAAAUGGUCAAGCUGAAGUCUCGAACAGAGAAAUCAAGAGCAUUCUAGAGAAAACGGUGAACACCACAAGGAAGGAUUGGAGUAAGCGCCUUGAUGAUGCUCUCUAG